CACUUAAUUUCGAAACGCUGAAAGAGAACAUGCAUUUCUGUCACUGUCUGAUGCAUUUGUUCAUUUUCAGGUGAUUUGCACUAACGUCAACAUGGUAAAUGUUAUGAAAGGAGUUCUUGUUAAAUGUGAUCCUGCUAUGAAACAAUUUUUACUACAUUUGGAUGAAACUCUGAAGCUUGGAAGAAAAUUCAUUAUUCAAGAGCUGGAUGAACAUCACCUUUUUAUUUCGGCGGACAUAUUGGUUACGUUGCAAGCAAAAAUCGAUGAUUUGAUGGAUCAGAUUAGUUUUCCUUUGGCAGAGAAAGGAAACUAGUUCAGCACGUUUUCAAAGCUAGUUUUUCACUAUUUGUAUUAGUUUAUCGAUCAACGUUAUUAAAACUUAAGAAAAUAAAAAACAAUCAUGACUCUACCAAAGACGGUACCGCGAGGAUCCAAUCGCAUCAAAGAGAACGACAAAAGAAGGAUCAUCGAUGAAACGCAGAGAAAAAGAAGGCAGAGGAAAGUUAUGGAAAUGCUGGAGUCAGAUAAUUAUCACGAUGAUCCACAUGCUGAUUUGGUUAUGAGUAAAAAGGCGCCAAAAUUUGAAGACAGUUUAGAACAAAGAAAUGUUAGAACGAAGAAGAAGGAAAGGACCGUUGACUACUACCAGUUCAAGUAUCGGAAAAAUUUUCACCAACUUGUGGAUGAAGACCGAGCUGAAUCAGAAGCAAAACAAAGACCAUCCUACAUGGACAUUCAGGCUGAGGAAUCCCAAAUACCACCAAGACAUUUUUGUGCUGUUUGUGGAUUUUUAGGACAAUACAGUUGUUUAUCUUGUGGAACCCGAUAUUGUAGUCUUCGCUGUAUGGAAACCCAUAUGGAUACAAGGUGUUUAAAGUGGGCCGCGUAAAUGCAGUGCUUUUCUAUACUGUAAUUUUUUAAUAAUUCACUAAAUAAACGAUAUUUUUCUUGUUGCAUACAUUUAAAAUGAGGAACUAACUCAAUGAAAAAAACGUCCAAAAUUAUGAUACGAAUAAAAUUUUAUUAUAA